AUGAGUCGGGGGCCGCGGAUCCACGCCCAGCCCUCGCCGACCGCGGGCGCCCACUCUCGCCAGCUCCCGGCACCUCCGCGGGGAAUUCCGUCCGCGCGGGUCCGACCCAGCGCUCCCGCAGCACUGCGCCCCGGAGCCUGCUCGGGAGGGGCGCCCGCCUUCCCUCACCGGGACUGCCUCCGCGCUGUCCGCUCGGGGCCGCUCCUGGCGGUGAUGGAGAGGCCCAUUAGCCGCUUCCUCCUGCAGGGCCGACCGGGCCGCUCCCCCUGCCUCCCAAUUAGGACGCGUAGCCGUCAGCCAAGAUUAAUAGUUGCCCGGCUGGGCAGGGAGAGGAGCCCAGAAGAGCCGGGCCAGGCGCACCACCUGCCGCCCCUUCCUUCCUGCCCCCGAGGCUCUCAGGAGGAAGAGCUGGGGCGUCUCUCCAGAGCUCCGCAACCUCUGGCCUCCGGGGACCCGACCUGCCUCCACGCACUGCCUCUGCUCGGCUCUCCUCGCUCUCCUCGCCCUGCUGCGGAUCACAUCCGCGGCCUUGCUCGCGCUAGGCCGGUGCUCCUCCGCUGCGCCCGCGCCACGCCGCCGACUGCUCUCCGCUCCGGACAGCGGCCCGCUUUGCCUGCCCGCCUCCUCGUCUUCAGCCGUCUGGGCACACGCUGCCCUGCGAGGGUUGGCAUCCCGGACCCACACGGCCUCAGGUUCGAGUCGUAGCUGUUGCGUACUGUGCAGUUGACACUGGGCAAACUUACCUGAGUUCUGAACCUCAGCUUUCUCAUCGAAAAAUUAAGUUUAAAAAAAACCAAAUA